AUGAAUAAAAAUUAUCUUUAUACCAACCAAGGAGAUGGUGAUCUACGAAUACUUCCAACUGGACAUGAAAAUUAUCAAGAAAAUAUGCAAGAUGUUACUGGCAUGGGCCAUCCACCUUACUCACAGAAUAAGCAAGACUAUGACUACAACGUAAUUCAACGAGAUGACGGGCAGUGUCCACCUCAGAAGAGAAACUUAAUGAACCAAUUCCCUCACUACUAUAAUGGCCCUACACAGCCUAAUGCUUACUACACAAUGAAUUCUGGACAGCCAUGGAUACCACCACUAAACCAAAAUCAAACACCUGACUACCUAAAUCAAGUAUCUCCCCAUGAAGCCGCCAGUCCUGUAAGCAUGAAUCGGCCCACUUCCCCACAGGUCAUGUCCAGUGCUGCUCAAGCGGGGCAAAUCAAGUACCCCAUGCUCCACUACCAAAAACCUUCACCAGCUAUGGAUGAAAACUGCACGCCUAUGAGUACCAUAUCCAGUGCUGGAAGCUGCACCAGUGCAAGUACUAUAUCACAGGCAUCCACUGGAAGCGAAGACUCAGAUGUUGUGGUGAGUACAUACUAAUCAAAACUCAUGUACUGUUUAUAUAUGUGGUUUCUUCAGCCAGCAACAUGUUUGUACCACUUUGAGAUUUAUUUAUUUUUGUGCUGGUAACAUUUACUUUUCAAAUUUCUUAUGUAAUAGGAAACCUAAAUGUUGGAGAUAGUUUAUGGUUUUAUUGUCAAAGUAUCAAUGGCUAUUUAGUGAAAAGUACACUUUUUUAAAGGACAUUAAAGUAGAAAGUAGUGGAUAUGCAAAAAUGUGGCAUUCUUGCUUUAAUGUCUACAUUUUAAUCUUGUUUAUAGUAAACGUAAUGUUGUGAUGGUUUGACACCUGAAAAAUGUAGGCCAACAUUUGGAAAAGGGGAAAAAAUAUUUCAGAUAUUCUUAUUUGGAGAACUUUUCAAGCUUGCCACUUUCAUCCAAUUUUUUCACUUCACUUGUCGAUUUAGUUCAACUCACUAUUUAAUGAACAAAUGUGUCUUUUCAUUCUACUUGGUAUAUAGCUGUAACAGGUGUGGAACACAUUAGAUUAUGGCUGUCCAUUAGGAUUUUAUUGUGCAGCCUGUAUAUGGAAAACAAUGGCAUAUUUCAUAUUGUCUAGUGAUACUUUAACCUAUUUUCUGCCAAUAUGAGCUCAAAUCCUAGAUGAGGUCUACUUUAUCAAUAAAUAAAUAGGGGGAAAUUGUAGUUCAAAUAAUGUUGGCUCCAAGCAGAAAACUGUGACGAUUGCAAUCUGAGUGUACAUACAUAUAUGCUUACCCCAAACUUCCAUCUUGUAAUUUGUGCUUCGGUAUAGUUGGUAUAUAAUUGCACUCAUAACAUUAGUAUAUAACAUAUUCAUAUCACAAACUAUUACUGUGGUUGAUGUUUUCCUGGAGAUCUGGACAUUUGUAGCUGUUGUGCUCUAAACACUUUCAAAAUAAUUUUGUUUUUAUUUUAAGUACUGUUUUCUUUAACCUCAAGUUUAAAACUUACUCCUUACAUUCACAGGAUAACUCGAGCAUGAGUGAGCUUGAAGAAUUUGCCCAUGAUGUUAAAAAGCAGAGAUAUGCGUUGGGUUUAACCCAAGAAAAUGUUGGGAACGGACUUGGAGUUUUAUACAGUAAGUUUAGAUUAAAAAAAAGUUACCAAGACAUUAAUUUAAAUAAAUCUAAGAAAGAUAUGAUUUAUUUUUAGCCAGUUUGUAAAAAAAAAAUCAACAAAUAAAAAUAAACUUAUAUUUUAAAGGGAAAAUCGGGUAUUUUAAUUACAGCAAGUAUAAUUAUCUAAAUAUAUAUUAUUGAUAAAUUAUUAUUUUUUUUUUAUGUAUGAAUGGAUGGAUUUCCUAUUCUAUAUAUUUUCUUUGAUAAAUACACUCUGAGCCUUUGAGAAAGCAUAUUAACUUGUUUUCACACUUUGGUACGAUGAGAUGCAAUAUGGAUGUUAUCCCUGAAUUUGAUGGCAUGUAGUAACCUUUGAUUUCAAUCAUGAGCUCAACAUUUGGAAAUAUAAGAUAAUGCAAGGUCAAAGAUAGGAAAUUCAUGGAAACAUGCACCGGGAUACAGUUUCAUUGUUCCAAAGAAUCAUGUUUGCAUAAAAUGCUCAUUGUAGGUUGCAGUUGCAAUGUCAAAGUGCUGUCAACAUAAAUUGCAAAAAGCAUAAGCCAAUAACGUAAUCAAAGAAGUUUUUCAUAUCAAUCAUAAUAUUACCAUUAUUACUAUAUUCAUUGAUUUGGUGAUAAAUAAUAAGAGAGUUUAUUUAAAGCCAGAAUACCUAGACAUCACAUAACAGACAAACCAUCUACUUUGUUACAGAUAAAUCAUUUAGCCAGACAACAAUUUCAAGGUUCGAGGCUGUCCAACUGUCCCUUACUAAUAUGCGGAAACUGAAACCAAUGUUGAAGAAGUUUUAUGAUGAAGUUAAAACAAAUCCAGCUAUCCUCCAAGUAAGUAAAACACUUUCUAAUUUUAAAAGCAUGUACUGGGACUUAUAUCCUAAAUAUUUAUUUAUAUCAAGUUUACCAUGUUGUCAAAAUUCAACUAUUAUCAGCAGUGUAAUUAAUUGUACUAAAACAACAAUAACCACGCAUCUCCCAACAUUGGGAGGUAUGGAAUUGGGAAGCAGGUAGAUUAGCCCUAUGGGCAUGGUCAGUGACGUGUGUCAGUGGUGAUGCCCACAAUGGACGAGCCUGCCUGUAAAGGGAGUGGGUUGGCCCAUUGAAGUGGUGUGUCAGCGUUGUGUCAAGCACGCCAAGCUGACUGUCAGCAUCUAUAGCCGGAAGACCAAGGUAGGCAUCCAUUGAUAAUCAAGAUGGACUGUAUCUACCAUGACGGAUUGCCAAAAUUAUGGAUGUAUGAGCAUUGUGGGCGAUGUAGUCCACAACAUCUGGAGUGCCACAGGUUGCCUUUCCUUGUAGUAGACCAUGCAGAUAGUAUUGCUAAAGCACGUCUAAUGAUGCACUCUCUCUGUGCUACACAGGGACAGUCCCUUCUUCACAACUGCACUCAAAACACUGCAGACAUCAGUGUUUAGCUUUAAGAGAGCUACUGAGUUCGGGGUUAUAGCAAUAUAACCAUGAUUUUUUACUUAUUAUUAUUAUUAUUAUUAUUAAUAGGCCAUUAUUAUCAUCACUUAGGACAUGUGUGGCAUGUCAAGUAGAAACAUAUCAUAAAGGGAUACUGUAGGCACCCAGACCACUACAGUUUAUUGAAGUGGUCUGGGUGCAAUGACCCUUAUGCAUUUGCUGCAAUGUAAAAUAGCUCUAAGUCUGCCCACAGUAACUGUCUACCAGACAGCCCCUAGAAGGCUUCUUGUAUUGAAAUGGACCUUUGGUCUGGUAUCUGACGCUGGACAUCCUCACUCUCUGCAUGAGGACCUCUAGUGUCAGAUUUUUCCUCCUAGGAAAGCACUGAUUCAAUGCUUUCCUAUGAGGGAGGUCUAAUGCAGAGGUCUAACACCUUUUGCGGGCCAUCAGAAGGGGCGAUCCAAGACCCAGCGCCGAGGGACAUCAGUGCUUGGAAAAGAUGAGUAAAUAAAGGGUUUUUAACCCUUUUAUUCACCCAUGUGGGGGUGGGGGAGGGCGCGAGGGAGGGAGGGUAGAGGCAGAGGGAGCUACAGUGCUAGGAAUGCAGCUUUGUAUCCCUUUCAUUUUAAAAAGUAGGGAAUGGGUAUAUGACUACAGAAAGUUUAAUAAAUCACUGCUGCUGUAGUAUUAUGAUAAAAGGAGGUAUAGAGCCCUUUGCAGUAUACUCAAUGCAAGGUGUACAGGUAGCUAUGGUGCUUGGGGUGCUUUUGUGUUACAAAUUGUGGAUUUUUUUCUUUUGAAAUUUGUUAAUCUACUAGAUUGGAAAGAAAUUUAAUUCUGUGAUUAACAGGUUUUUCUUUGCAUUUUUAUUUUUUUCUUGCAUCGCACAAGGUUGUUGAAAAAGGAGAAAAGCCGAACAACUCUGUAAAAAGACAAAAACGCACAUUCAUUGAUAAGGCGACAAAGCAAAAGUUAGAAGAGAGUUAUAAGCAUGUCCCUCAUCCCAGUAAAAUGGAAAUCGGAAAAAUUUCAAAAGGAAGUCAGCUAGAAAUUGAGGUAAGUACUGACGAUAAGAAGACUUAUAUCAACUACAUUGACAUGAAAAUUUACAGUUAUUUACUAAAGUGAGAAUUCAGAGUGAAUUCAAAUUGAGCUUCAGAUUUAAAGUGACACUACAGUCACCAAAACCACUACAGCUUAAAGUGGUUAUGGUGUCUAUAGCCUGUCCCUGCAGGCUUUCUAAUGUAAACACUGGCUUCACAUGCAUACCAUACACACAGACACUGCAUCUACUACACACAUUGGAUCCACUACACAAACACACAUUCUGCAUCCACUCUACAAACACAGACACUGCAUUCACAACACACACUGCAUAACAUAAUGGAUGUGGGUGUGUUUUGAUGGGUAUGGCUUGAGGGGGGGCAGCAUUUCCUCCUUGGACCAAGAGAGCACAAUGUCUUGGGCCAGCUCUCAGUUAACUGUUAUAGUAACCAUCUUGUGGCUGUCAUUUUAAAAAUGAGUUCUAGAGAUUUGACUACCAGCACGCACAAUUUGGGUAAAAGAAGACUCUAUAAUUUAAUGCCAAUUGAUCAUGUCUCCAAUGAUGCCUUCCAAACCAUAGAUUUCUAAAGAGUUUUUUUCUACUCCGCUAUUUUGGCCAAACAUUUCUCUGAAAUCCCUUUUUCAAUUUUUACAAAUUUCCAGUUUAAUAAAGAAUCCUAAAUGUUUUAGCUGGGACUAGAGACAAUCUUUCUCGCUGGUACAAAAGUGAAUCUUUUAAUGUAUGAAUUAUUUAUAUUAUGAAUUUCCCAAAUGUUUUGCUCUGCAUAAAUCAGACUUGGUACUUGUGUAUUAUGUCUGUUUAAAUGUGAAUAAUUUGUUAAUAAUUUGACCAUCCCAUAUAAGAUAAUUAGAAUCCUUCGCAUAAGAUGAAUAAUUUCUUUACUGAAAACCCAUUACUUUCAUUAUUUAUCAAUAGGUUGUUAGAACAUGGUUUUGCAACCGUCGCCAGAAGGAUAAAAAGGAACUGAACAAACUACUGAAAGAGGCCCUAGCAUCUGGUAACUUUGCUCAACCUAUUCCAGGUCCUAACACAGGAACCUGUGCCAUGCCACCAGUGGAAGUACCCCAACCAUGCCUAAUUGAUAUUACUGGAUCAAAUCGUACACCUUAUAUGGCAAUAAACGAUUACAAUAGACAAUUCAUCCAAUAUGCCCCAUAA